ACAUUGUAUUCUGCAAGAUACAUGCAUACUCUAGAAUGCAUACUCUAGAAUACAACAUUAGAAGAAGAAAAAAAUUCGUACUAAAUCUAACAACACGAUAACAUAUAUCAAAUAUUAUAUUUUACAAUACAACAAAUUAUAACUGAACCACUAAAUAUCGCCCUAGUUUAACUUUCUCGUCCUAAGAAAUUAUUACAUAAUAACGAUCCGACAACAAAAUUUACACAACCUCCCUCUUUCAAAAUGGUCGACAUCCUCCCCCAACCACCGCAACCCAAUCUGUCGCCGCACAUAUCCUUCCUUCAAACCCGUCGAUAUCCUCCGCUUGCCACCGUCCGUCAACCGUUUUGGCGGCCGCAUCCACCGCCACCGAUUAUUCUACCCCAGGCCGACCGUGUUUAAUUAGGCCCAUUUGGAAAAUAGAAACAUCAAAGCCCAGAAUUUGUUCGGUACCCAAACCGACUCGGCCCGGUUCGCCUGUCAAAGCCCAAAAGCCCAACAAACAAACGAUUUGUUGUCUUCCUCCUCAAGCCAUCGAUUAAUUCUCCAGCUUUCUUACCAAAGUUUCACAAUCAAUUUCUAUUACCACGACCUUGCUUGCAUCUCGCUACUCUCUGAUUCUGCACUUUCAGGUAAUCAUGAACCCUAGCAUGUAGCACUUUGGAUUGAUCUCGUCCUUCCUCCAUCUGAUUGUUAUUGAAGCAGUGGUUAUUUCGCUCCUUCCAUAAAAAACCCUAAAAAUUGCACUGAAUCUCUGCAAUUUGUCAUCAGGGAAUUCUUCAAAACAGUCGUCUUCUCUAGACUGCAGCCUCCAAAUCCUGCUUCCCCAGCUGCACUCACGAAGAAGGGCUUGUUCAGGAGUCUCCAACAAAGGGGCAACCCGGUCCAGCUUUUUUUGGAUUUACCUGCCAGCCGGCUUCCAACAGGUAAAAGCAAUUCUGGCUAAUUCUCCAUAGAAAGUGCUUAACUUUGGGUUGGAUCUUGAAGCUCCAUAGCUUUCACCAGAACCGAGUCAUGCUUGACGACGUGUGUUUUUUGAACUAUUUUGUCUUGAAUUGAUGAGUACCUUGUAGAGUUUAUACCCUGAUUUAACUUUGUAGUCCCCUCUUGGGGUCAAUGUCCAGAUCCUUUCAUCUUGUUUCAGAAGGAUUAUGCAAUGGUAUCUUAGGAAUAUAAGUUUGGUCUUCUUCUGAGAAGAGAGAGUGAAUCAGAUCAUGAUUCCAUGAGCACUCUUCCCUGUUAAUUAAGUCCGAAACACUUAGACUAAGACUAGGUUCACCCCCGAUUGGAUCUUGAACCGGGCAGAAACCCUCCCUGUUGGGGAUCCAUUUGUCUUCCCAAACUCUAAUUUGAGACCCUCCAUCUUAAACCUUCCUGUAACAAAUAUUUGGCUCCCAUUAAGCUUCUCCAAACAAAGCUUGCAAUGUAUCCUAUCUCUUCCUUUAUAUAUGUACUUUGUAGUUUAAUUAUGGGAAAUAAGAAGAAUAUUAAGAAAAGUCUCCCAACCCUAAUCUCUCUAUCCGCUCAAUUCUCGUUCUCAAUCCCUCUAAGGCCUAGGCUGAUUACCUAUCUUUCUCUUCUUCUUUCCCAAAUUCCAAUCUCAAAUCCCUAAUUCUGUUCGUAUACUAUAAACCCUAAUCACCAAAUAUCAAACCCGAUAGGAACUUUGUUCCUAUCAGGUUAGCUCUGAUUUUGUUAAAUUAAUCUGCUGCCCGGAUUCUUCCUCAUAGACUUUCAAUAUUUCCUUAAGUUUCACACUCUCUUCCCUUGAUGAUCCGACAAAAACAAUGCUAUCAUCCGCAAAGUGGAGGUGUGGUACUUGCGGUGCUCUCUUGCUAAUCUUGAUCCCAUGUAUUUUCAUGGUUACUUCGGCUGACUUAAGUAGAGCAGAGAAACCUUCUGUACAUAGUAGAAACAAGUAUGGCGACAAAGGGUCUCCCUGUCGGAGUCCCCUAGAUGGAGCAAGUUCACAAGUUCUGUGUCCAUUCACCAUUACAGAAUAAGAUACAGUAGGUAUACACAUCAUGAUCAGCUCUAUCCACCUCUCUUCAAACCUCAUCUUCCAAGUCACUUUCUCAAGGAAACCCCAUUCCACCUUGUCAUAAGCUUUGGCCAUAUCUUAUAUCUAGCUUAGCUGCAAAAAAUCCUCUUUUGACAUUGCCAUAUCUUGUCAUAUGAACAUUCAAACGCCAUUAUGAUGUUAUCCGUUAUCAUCCGCCCCGGCACGAAUGCACUCUGUGUUUCUGAAAUAAUCUUUGGCAGCUUUCUUGAUUGGCUUUAAUUGCGUGAAAAAAAAAUGUCUGGUUCUUCCCGGAGGAAAUUAUCAGUGGUUCUUGCUUUGCCUGAUUGCUUUACUUUCUUCUGGUGGUUGCAACUUGAGAGUUCUCGAGUUAUUGUUUAUGAACACACUUACACUGGUUUGUUAGUGGUGGGAAAUCUUAUGUGCAACUUAAGUAGUCACUACACUUGAAUUCAGCCUACUUAUCGGGUUUUCACUAGUAGAUUGCAAGUGAACAUCAUCUGUGUUGAGAAUCAAUGCGUUGAAUAGGGCAUUGCCUCUGUGGCUGGAUAAGGCAGGUUAGAAACGCUGAAAGAUUGUAAUCGACGAAGGGGAAUCAAUUUUUUGAUUGGUGAUUGGAUUGCUAAAAGGUGUAUGGAAUCGUUACUCUAUUAUGUACACUGCCUGGCUCUUUUGUAGCUUCAGUGAAUCCCUUGCACUUAAAACAGCAUUCAGUUAGUCAAGCUUACUCCAUGUCAUCAAAAGUCUUUAAGUGUUUAUGAUACUGCUAUGGUUAAAAAUUUGGUGCAUUUUCAUUUAGAAUUGCUCAAACGUACCCGAUUGCUUACCUGAAAAUAUGGCCUUUUAAAGUUAAAUUUUCUGUGCAACCAGAAAUUCCUCUUUUAGGACUUUCUAUUCACCUAUGUGCUUCUUUGACUAUAUUAUAACUGAGAACACAGCAUCCUGCAACUGCUAACUGGAAUUUGUUGUUGAUUUGGCUGACCACAAAUUUGACAGGUUGUGAUCAAGAAAAUGGAGUCAACAAAUUCUGAAGAAGAAAAGUACAAUGAAUUUAUGAAAAAGGUGGAGCGGACUGUUUACAUCGACACACUCCCACCACAAGCUAAUGAAUCAGUGCUGAAAACUGGGUUGGAUCAGUUUGGCGAUGUCGAGAAUGUAAGCUUCAUUCCGAACUACAUGGAUCCCAUGAACAGCAUGCGGUGUGCAUUGGUCGAGAUGAAAGACCCGAAUCAAGCGAAAAACGUCAUUCAAACGCUGACCAAUUCCCCGUUCAUGAUUGCUGGCAUGCCAAGGCCAGUGAGGGUGCUUCCUGCUGAGCUGGAGAUGUUUGAUGACCGUCCAAGAAAGCCCGGCAGGAAAAUAACAUUCAAGUGGUUGGAAGCAGACGACCCGGACUUUAAGGUCGCGAAAGACAUGAAGCGUGCUGUCGUAAGGCAUGCUACUGAAGCUGCAUUAGCCCAUAAGCAACAUCUGGAGGAAGAAGAGAAGCUGCACAAACAGCAAGUGGAGAUCCUGAAAGCAAAUUACAAUAAGUACGAGGUGGCCGAUGGUGUGAUAAGCGACGGGACAGCUCAGCGUGUGGCGAAGAGAUACGGUAUGAGAGUUGCAGAUGAGUGAUAUGGACAGGACAGGGAUAUUGAAAAAGAAAAACCACCUACAAAG